UUCGAAUCAACUGACUCAUUUUAAAUCAUAUAUAUAAAAGAAAAUAUGUAAAGAAAUAAACAUAAGUGGACCGAGUUUGACAUUUAUACUCAAAUUAGGAAUUUAAUCCAACUGAAAAAGGGCUUCUCUUGCUCUACAUUACACUUUAUGUAAUUACACAGAGAUUGGACUUUCCCUUCUGAGCAGAUAUCUGAUCGAAGACGCCGAUGAUGAUUAGAGUUCUUUGAUUAAAAAAAAUAAUAAUAAUAAAAAAAUCACUGACUGCAGCUUUAAUGUCAGAGUGUUAAUGGUGCGUCUCUCUUAUUGCUGAUCGUGCAUUUGCUGUGCUAUUCAGUAAGUCACUGAUAAACAACCUUUGGACCGUGAGAAAGCAGCCGUGAUUUUAAAUCUCUCUGCGAGCUGGAGGUUUAUAUUCUGAUCUCACUGCACCUGCUUGAAGCAGGAAGUGCAACAGGAUUUGCCAUUAAUUCUGUAGUGUGCAGUAGAGGGACUCUGUCUGUCUGUCUAUCAUCAUCAUCAUCAUCAUCAUCAUCAUGUCGGACAUGCAGGGAUUUCACAUUAACUCUCCUCUCACUGAGAGCAUUAACAUGUCCAAGCGCCUCGGCUCCCCCGUUUAUCUGAAGAUGGAAAGCUCCCAACCUUCAGGGUCGUUUAAAAUCAGAGGGAUCGGACACCUGAUCCAGCAGCUUGCAGGUUCAAAGUCAAAUGGUGUAGUCUGUUCUUCAGGUGGAAACGCGGGCUUGGCUACAGCGUACGCAGCACGCAAGCUCAACAUCCCGGCUACCAUCGUAGUGCCUUCAUCCUCACCGAAACUGGUGGUGGAGAAACUGCAGGAUCAUGGCACCAGUGUGCAAGUCGUGGGGAAGGUGUGGGAUGAAGCAAACGCAGAGGCUCUUCGUCUGGCUGAAAGCGAAAACCUCACCUUGGUGCCACCGUUUGACCAUCCCCUGAUCUGGAAAGGUCAUUCCAGUCUGGUCCACGAGCUGAAGGCGGCUCUGCCGUGUGAACCGGGCGCCGUGGUUCUGUCCAUCGGAGGCGGAGGACUUUUCUGCGGAGUCGUUCAGGGCCUGGAUGAAGUCGGCUGGGGUCACGUCCCGAUCCUCUGUAUGGAGACUGUGGGAGCGGAUUGUCUCAAUGCAGCCAUAAAAGCCGGACGUUUAGUCACUUUACCAGACAUUACGAGCGAGGCUAAAUGUUUAGGAGCGAAGACGGUGUGCAGUCAAGCGUUCGAAUACAGCAAAAGACCCAACGUCAUCUCUGAGCUAGUGACUGAUCGACAGGCUCUACAGGCAGUGGAGCUCUUUCUCGAUGAAGAGCGUGUGUUAGUGGAGUUAGCGUGUGCAGCGUCGCUAGCUGCAGUGUACAGCAGCGUGAUACAGCGGCUGCAGGACGAAGGUCGUCUGCGCAAACCGCUCGGCCCGCUGGUCAUCAUCGUGUGCGGAGGAAGUAGCAUUAACCUCGCUCAACUGCAGCACCUGCGCACCGUCUGCAAAUGAUCACAUGUCCUGUCACACGCUCCCAUACUAUACUUAAUUAAUAAAUAACCACACAAACUGCAGGACUACUUUUCCCAUGAUACUUCAGAGUCUCAGAAAUCACUGGAAAAAAAAAAAAAACAUUACAAAACUAUUAGGAAAUUCUCUCAUGGUUUCCAUCAGAAUCCUAAAGGUUUCCAUUAAAAAUGUUGAAAUGGAACAUGAACUCAGUUAAAGACACAAUACUACUCAAGUGGUUAAAGGCGUGGACACACUGUUGCUAAGCAACUGCUAAAAUGGCUGCUGUGCUCGACUUCCUAAUAGUUUAGCUAGCUAACAAAUUGCUGUUAAAAUGCUGUUAUACAGACACACUGACUCUGGAAACAAGACAAAACUAUCAAGAAAAUCAACAUUUACCUCAGAUAUGCUGGUUAUUUAUUAGGAAGAGACGCCAUUUGGCUAUAAACCACACUUUAGUUACACUUAGCAUCAAUUGCUAACCUAACUACCAGGGGUUCUGCUAUACCCAAUAUGUAGCUGUUAAAAUGCUGUUAUAAAUGCACAGUGAUGGUGGAAACAAGACAAAAGCAUCAAGAAUAUCACCAUUUACCUCAGUUGUGUUGGUUAAUUAUUAGGAAAAAAACUCCACGCAACUUCAAUUAAAUAUCUUUUAUUUUUAAUUCUCCAACACGGUCAGCAGAUGGCGCUGCUGCAGUACUAAUACUGUAAUACUAAUCCAAAUCAUUUAAAUAGUUUUUGUCCUUUUGGUUUAGUCAUCAGUUAUAACUGUUUUCAGCAUCACACUGUUAUGGACUGACUAAAACACAUCAAUUAAAUAAUUUUAAUUAACGAAUGAACAUGUCCAAUGUACCUAAUGUAAUCAAUGUUAAAUAAAAUGCUUAAUAUUA